AAAUGCACCUGCAGCUCCCCUUGUCACAGCAGCACCUUCACACACCUGAAGACUCACUGAAACAGACAACCUGAGCUCACACCUGCUAAAAGACGAAGACAUGGCCUCUCGAGCUGCAGCUCUGCUCUUGCUGGGUUUCAUCUGUGUUGGCUUCGCAACAGCCGAGAUUGCGGUGGACUGCUGUCUGAGGACCACUAAUAAGUUUUUGCCGCUCCAAAUUCUUGACCACUACAUCAUUCAGGAUGCUGGGAAGGGAUGUGAGAUCAGUGCUACUGCGUUCAUUACAAAGGUCGGAAGAACACUGUGUGUCUCCCACCCCAGCGAAGAAGAUUGGGUGAAAAAACACAUUGCUUUUCUGGAGAGGAAAAAACAAUCAGGUCAAUAAAUCAGGUCUAAAGAAGAGUGGACCCUGGGAAAAGAUGGCUGAAGCGCUGACUGAAAUUUGAGAGCCUGAAACAGAAGUCACUGUCAUUUCCAUUUCUGUUCAGAGUCUCAGAAUGGCCCUGUGUUGUACUGUAGAAGAUCAAAACAAGGAUCAGACCUGUACGCUCACUGAGGAAUCAUCGAUGUACAGUUCUGCAUGUGUUUCUUUUCAUUAAUCCCUUUUCUCUUUGUCUAAUUCAUUUUUAUUAUCCCUGUGAGUGAAAUGCAAUAUAAAAAUGAGAGAGAGAAUUGGGCUGACUUGCUUGGAGGGUAAAGCCUGUAAGUUAGAGUGACAAUGAUGUGAUGAUGAUUUGUGUGUUUUCAUUUGAAUCAUAAGACUGUAAGGUACUUGUGGAACUAUCAGUGCUGUUUCAGUUAAGACAAGUACAAAAUGUUGAGAUGACUUGUGUGUGCGUAAACUGAUGCUGACAGUUGUUCAAAAAUAAAGUUUGAUAUUAUUUUGUAA